UUUUCUGUUGUUUCUACCAUUGAUUAUUCUCUCCACGAUCUCGUCCUCUUCCCCUUCCCUUUCCGUUGGUGAUCCUUGGCAUUCAAUUACGGCGCCGCUUCGAUCACGCCGCGCAUAUGGCGCUCUCCGGCGGCCCCGCCUCGGCGGCGCCGCUGUCCCACGGGCAGGCGGCGGAGGCGGAGCUGUUUGAGGAUGCGGUGGAGGGGUCGCCGACCGCCUCGGCGCCGCCAGUACCAUGGCGCGAUGGCGAGGCUGCAGCGGUGGUCUCGUCGUCGCCGCCGUCAGUGUCGAUACCGCAGGGCGACGUCGCGGCUGAAGAGGAAGCCUACGAGUCACCCUCGGCGUCAGGACAUCCGGCAAUUAACGGGGCGGAGGAGGAGUCGCCUUCGGUUUCUGAAUUGCGAGACGGGCUGGGCAGACUGGGCGUGGGAAGCGUCUCUCCGCCGGGCCAGCGCGCGAGGGGCACGGAGGAGGGGAAUUCGACGGCCCCCUCGGGGGCAGCAUCCCCGGGGAUGGAGGAUUCGAAGCCCAGGUCCGCGUCAGCGCCGCCUUCGCCCGGGCCGCCGGGUGCGUCGUCGUCGUCGUCGUCGCCCGUGCCGCAGAUUAGGCAGCACGCGCGGCACGUGCGGACCAGCAGCUUCCAGCGGUUCCGGCAGCAGAUGCAGCGCGCCUGGAAGUGGGGGCCAGUUGGAGGUGCUGAGAGGAGCCCCAGGGAGCACUUGCUGCGGACCACGGUGAACAUCGAGGCCAUGGCGAAUCAGAAGCGGCAGUGGUAUCAACUCCAUUCCAAGGCUCUGGAUCAGAAGCAAUUUAAGGAACCGGCAUCACUGUUUGAACAUUUUUUUGUAGUUGGACUUCAUUCUUAUGCAAAUGUGACAGUCAUUGAGGAUGCUUUUGCAAAAAAGAAAGCUGUUGAUAUUAGACAAGAUCAGUAUCAUGGACCAAUACCAACCAUGGAACCACAGAUUCUUUUCCAAUAUCCACCUGGAAAGGGAGUGGAAAUCAGGGAGGCCGAUUUGCCCUCUUUCUGUUUUCCUGAAGGCGUAAAGGCUCACUUAGUAGAGAGGACUCCUUCCAUGAGUGAUCUAAAUGAAGUGAUAUUUGGGCAGGUGAAAUUUGGUUUUAGCAGGAUAUGGCAACCUCUUGCUACUGUGGAACAUCUGUGUCGAGAUGAUCUGUCCUUUAUCUUCUCCCUAAAGGUAUCAGACAAUGCACCACUCUAUGGUGUUUGCCUUCAUGUCCAGGAAAUUGUUCAAAGAGCUCCUGGUAUACUAGGAGCAGUCUCACCCUUGAACCAGACUUCCUACAAGCCAAGCCGUUUCUUGGUUUCUGCACCGCGUUGUUAUUGUUUACUUACAAGGGUACCCUUUUUUGAGCUACAUUAUGCGAUGUUAAACAGCAUAAUUGCACAGGAGAGGCUUGACAGGAUAACACAGUUUGCCAGUGAAAUUGCUCUGGCAGAGCCUGUCCCUCGCUCCUUGAAAGAACAAGAUCUAUUUAAAGCGGAUUUUGAAUCUUCAAAUGGGCUUUUGUACAGUGACUGGAUGGAGUAUGCUGUGCCUGUCAACAGUAUAUCAGGUAUUGUUUCUUCAUCGAGGCUUACAUCAGAAAGAGACGCCGCUUCCUAUUUAUUCAGGAGUUGGGAACCUAAUUCUCCUGAAAGUAUAUCGGCUAGUGAGACUUCAGAUUCUAGUUACGCAAAAGAAUUUGAGAAGGAAGGAAGACAUAGUUUCCAACAAUUCGAAGACUGUAUAUCAGAGAAUACGGAAUCCCGUUGUGAUAGCUUUGGAAGUGCAAGUAGUACUUAUGAGAAUGGACAUAUGUCCCCAGAUCUUCUGUCCACUGAUUCUCUUAUGUCUAGAAGAUUAGGACGCACACAGAGCAUGGAGUCUUUGCAGAGUUCAGUCAAAUGUGCUGGGUCAGAUGAAGAAGAGGAUGAAGUAAACAUGAAGAAUGAAACUAUUGUUGAUGAUUACAAAGUUAUGGGAUGGGCCAAGGCACACAAUAACGAAUCUCUACAAAUUGUUUGUGGUUACCAUGCCCUUCCUGUGCCACCUCGUGGAGGAGAAAUUGUCUUCCAACCUCUCGAACAUCUCCAGCCUGUUAAAUACUCCCGGCCCGGCUUAUCAUUAUUGGGGUUAGGAGACACAAAUCUGGACAAUGAUUUGACUUCGCCAGAAACAAAUGUGGUCGUUGUCAAUGCCUGCUUGGUUGCUGCAGAAGAAGCUCUUGCAUUAUCAGUAUGGACUAUGGCUACAGUUUGUCGUGCUUUAUCCCUGGAAAGUAUGCUAGCAUUAUUAACUGGAGUUCUGCUGGAGAAGCAAAUAGUAGUAAUAUGCCCAAAUCUGGGUGUAGUGUCAGCUAUCGUUUUGUCGGUUAUACCAAUGAUAAGGCCAUUCCAGUGGCAAAGUUUGCUGCUCCCUGUUCUACCAAGAAAAUUGAUUGAUUUCAUUGAUGCCCCUGUCCCUUUUAUUGUUGUCACUAUUAGCCAAACUUUCAGGGAUUAUAUAUGUUUUCUUCUACAGGCUGGUAUCCAAUAUAAACCCCCUGAUAUCAAGAUGAAAGCGUCCAGUCUUGUCAGAGUCAAUGUACAGAAAGAUCAGGUCAAGGGAAAUUUAUUGCCUCAACUUCCGCGUUACAAGGAGCUUAUUUCAGAUCUCAGUCCAAUUCAUGCUAGACUUUCAUGUGAGAAUGCUCUGGCCAAGAAACAUCCUAUUUAUAAAUGCAAUGAAGUUCAGGCUAAGGCAUCCUGGCAGUUCUUUAAUGUUCUGAGAACCUACUUGGAGUCACUUUGUUCCGACUUGCGCUAUCAUACCAUCACCAAUGUACAGUCGGAUAAUGACAGGGUCUCUUUGCUUCUGAAGGACAGUUUUAUUGAUUCCUUCCCCUCAAAGGAACGACCAUUCAUGAAGCUCUUCGUGGAGACACAGAUGUUCUCUGUUCUUUCAGAUUCACGUCUUUCCACAUUUGAAAACGAGCACACACAAGUCUUUGUUUCAGCUGGAGAUCAAAACAAGUAAUAUUGCCAAUUCCUGGCAACAAUGUCUUCUUCCUGGUGUGAUCUUCAGAUGGACUACGGUUUGAUGGGACAAAAGGAAGAGAAAACAUGGUACGCAACUAAGAAUGGAGGACUAGACUGCCCAAGUGGUUAAGCUGUUCCGCUGAAUGGUAGGGCUUGUCUGGUCGAAGACGGAGAGCAUCAACAUUACAGUAUGAUGAUGCAACCCAAUCUUUUAAAUGGGAUGUACCUGCCGUUCCGGAGUAUAUAUGGACGGAAUAGAAAUGGUGCGUGGUGCUGUGUACUUGCACUUCUGUUCGUUUUCUGUUCCAAGUUGUCUUUCUAUGUAUACAGGUGCAUAUAGUGAAAGAACCGUGUAAAUAAGAUGAGCUUGUUUUGAUUGCCACUAUUCCCUAUCUCAAUUCCUGGUGCACAACAAUAGAUAGAAGUUUUGACACUGUAUUUGUAGGGACAAAUAUUUUAGUUGUUAAAAAGGUUAUUGAACGUUAA